AUGGCGGCACUAUCAGAUCUGUUCUCUCUGAACGGGAAGACGGCGUUGGUGACGGGAGGCACGCGAGGAAUUGGGCAAGCCAUGGCAUUGGCACUGGCUGAGGCCGGGGCAGAUGUGUUGCUCAUCCAGCGCGACGAGUCCAACCAAGAAACGAAGAAGGCAGUCGAAGCCUUGGGCCGCCGAGCGCACAUCUACACCGCCGACCUGUCCUCGCAAGCCUCCAUCAAACAACUCGUGCCGAAAGUGCUCGCCGACGGCCAUCAAAUCCACAUUCUGCUCAACUGCGGCGGCAUCCAACGACGACAUCCGGCCCACCAGUUCCCCGACGAGGACUGGAGUGAGGUCCUGCAGACCAACCUGACCACCGUCUUCACCCUCUGUCGCGAUGUUGGCGCGCACAUGCUGUCGCGAGACAAGGACUCGCACGGCAAGCGAGGCAGCAUCAUCAACGUCUGUUCCCUUCAGUCCUUCCAGGGCGGCAUCAAUAUUCCCGCAUAUGCGUCCAGCAAAGGUGGCGUGGCACAACUGACCAAGGCCUUGAGCAAUCAGUGGGCGAGUGAGGGGAUCAACGUGAACGGCAUUGCCCCGGGCUACAUUAACACUGACAUGAACGUGGCAUUGAUCAAUGACCCCGUCCGGGCGAAGAGCAUUUUGGAGCGCAUUCCCGCCGGACGCUGGGGCUCGCCGGAUGACUUUAAGGGCAGCGUGGUGUAUUUGGCGAGCAGAGCGAGUGGCUAUGUCAAUGGAGAGAUCUUGACCGUUGAUGGAGGCUGGAUGGGCAGGUAG